AUGAGCGCAAAGCAAGCCGCCAUGAUGACCGAUCGCAGGAUGUCCACCGCUAACCUGGAGAGCAACGCCUUCCCCACCACUAUUUUACUUCGCAAACUCCCGAAAAACACUUCUGCUGAAGCCUUGCGCACUAUGCUGCUGUUUGCGAAGGACUUGAAGGACACCGAGGUCGUUCCAAACGAAUACGAGGAGGAUGCCGGCUUUGCUACCGCCAUUGCCCGCUUUACGUCGGUCAACAGUGCGUCUGAAGCACGUGCGAUGCUCGACGGAAAGCCAAAUACUGCCGGACAGGCCAACAUGAUUGUCAACGUUAUAUCUGGGCCGGCCCUGGGCGCUCUAGGAAGGAGGAACACCAUUGAUCCACUGGCGGCUCGCAAGGUCGCCCAUUCUGUGUCACCUCCGCCCAAUGCAAAAUCAUCUCGGUUCAACGGCACUUUCCAAGCCAUGGACAAGGUCUCGCCUCCUGUGAUCGGGUCGCCUCCAGAUCAGUCCUCAGAUGCCAGUUCACAUAUGCAGACCAUCUUCUCACCCCACUCGCCGAACGCGACGAUGAAAGAUCGCAGGAUGACCGGCAAGCUAAUCAUCGGCGAGGAAGGAGGUGACGACGAGACUGGCGAUCUUAUCAACGACCCCCUCUCGUACAUCAAGAAUCAACCGCCAUCGCGACAGGGCAGUCAGCCUCCCACGUCCGCAUUUGCAGGCCUAACGCUCAAUACCGAUGUCCAAAAGGCUGUACCUGGAGGACGAAUCACUUCUCCCCAGUCGGCAAUGCACCCUUACAGCCCACACAGUAACUUCACUCCAACCACAGGACCCCGAUCAGCAUAUCCGAACCAACAAUUUCUGCGACAUAAUUAUCCUCCUGUGAACCCGGCUGAUCAGAAUCCGCCCUGCAACACUCUCUACGUCGGCAAUCUCCCUAUCGACACCUCAGAAGACGAGCUGAAAGCAUUGUUCUCCAAGCAGAGAGGUUAUAGGAGACUUUGCUUCCGCACUAAGCAGAAUGGACCAAUGUGCUUUGUAGAGUUUGAGGAUAUUUCUUUUGCAACUAAAGCACUCAAUGAGCUGUAUGGUGUGCAGCUACACAACAGCGUCAAGGGUGGCAUUCGCCUGAGCUUUUCAAAAAAUCCUUUGGGUAUACGGGCGGGUCAGCCUGGCGGCAACAAUCAUUCAACACACGUAGGGCCGAUGGCUACCAACUCUCCGGGUGGGAUAGCUCCUGCAGGCUUUUCGACGGCCAAUGGGCCGCCACCGGGCUUGAGUAUGCCGUCUAUGAUGGCAACGUCUGGAAAUGCCCCAUUACCUCCAGUCGGUGGGCCAGGUAUGGGUGCCGUCGCCUUUAUGCACCAAGGCCCCGGACUCGGAGGCGGUGUGCUGCCUAUGCCAAGGCAAGUGCAGACGCCUCCAUCAACAUCUGCGCCAAAUACGGGUCCGAUGUACCCCGACUAUAUGAUGGGCCGUUGA